GAGCGGCCAAGAGGGGAGGCGCUGGGUAACUCCCGGAGCCCGCCCGCCGCCAAUGGCCGCAGCGCCCAGCCCAGCAUCACACGUCGGUGGCGCCAAUCGCUUUGGCGGGACGCUGGGCUGCACGUUAUAAAUGCAACUGCCGGGGCAGCCUGCACGGUUAUCGAAUGAAAAGUCCGCCGCUGUGGAGAUAAUUGUGAAGGGGUGCUGCAAGUUGAAAGACCUACAAGAUGGCCACGUCCGCCAGCGCCAGCCUCAACAAGGUGGUGAAGAAGAAUUACAUGGAGCUGCCGCAGGACGGUAGCGUGCAGGCGAUGUACAUAUGGAUCGACGGCACGGGCGAGGCGGUUCGCUGCAAAACCAAGACCCUGGAUAAGGAGCCCAAGAGCAUCACUGAUCUCCCAGAGUGGAACUUUGAUGGCUCUAGCACGUACCAGUCGGAGGGAUCCAACAGUGACAUGUAUCUUAUUCCGUCGGCCAUAUUCCGUGACCCCUUCCGACGGGACCCAAACAAGCUCAUUCUCUGCGAAGUCCUCAAAUACAACAGGAAACCGGCAGAAAGUAAUCUGAGAAAUUCCUGCCAGAAAAUCAUGUCCAUGAUCUCCAACCAGGACCCUUGGUUUGGGAUGGAGCAGGAGUACACUCUGCUAGGCACAGACGGACACCCUUUCGGAUGGCCUUCCAAUGGUUUCCCAGGACCUCAAGGGCCCUACUACUGUGGAGUUGGUGCAGACAAAGCGUACGGCCGCGAUAUCGUAGAGGCCCACUAUCGAGCCUGCCUGUACGCUGGCGUUAACCUCUCCGGAACGAACGCCGAGGUUAUGGCUUCACAGUGGGAGUAUCAAGUUGGGCCAUGCGACGGCAUUGACAUGGGUGACCACUUGUGGAUGUCGAGAUUCAUCCUGCACAGGGUGUGUGAAGACUUUGGCAUCAUUGCCAGCUUCGACCCAAAGCCCAUUCCUGGCAACUGGAACGGUGCUGGGUGCCACACCAACUUCAGCACCAAGAUCAUGCGGGAAGAAGGCGGAUUGAAAUUCAUCGAAGAGUGCAUUGAGAAACUGGGCAAGAGGCAUCAGCACCACAUCCGCACCUAUGAUCCCAAGGGAGGGUUGGACAAUGCCCGGCGUUUGACGGGCCACCACGAGACCUCCAACAUCAACGAGUUCUCUGCCGGAGUGGCCAACCGAGGCGCCAGCAUCCGCAUCCCUCGCUCUGUCGGCCAGGACAAGAAGGGUUAUUUCGAAGACCGCCGUCCCUCUGCCAACUGUGAUCCUUAUGCGGUCACUGAGGCCUUGGUCCGUACAUGCCUAUUGGGCGAGACUGGGGACGAGCCCACUGAGUACAAGAACUAAUCCGCUGCCAAUGGACCUGGCAUCUGUCAGUGAUUUCUUCAGAACUCUUCUCCCAUGCCAUCCGUCUUGGUGCCGGGGGGGAGGGGGAGGUGUCAGUUUGAUUUGUAUUUCUGGACCUUAUUUCUUAUGUUUUUACCUGGAAGUUGAGGAACAUGUAUGAGCAAGACAUCUAAACAGUUCUCUUACCCAGAGAGGUAUAUCUUCAAGUUGGCUGGUCAACUUCUCGUGGACAAUAACCUGUAAUUUAAUGCACUCAACUUUGAUAUUAAAGCAGGGCUUUUUUUUUUUUUUUUUAAUUAAUUAAAAUACAGCAUUAAUAUUUUUUGGUUAAGCAAGUGUUAAACGCAGAUUUGAGAUGAUUUUGUUGUGUCAGUGACCAAUUCCAUAUUAAGAUUGCAUUAAAACUGUGGGGGGGCUGUCUUCGAAGUGGGAGCCAGGGUUCUGUGAAAUCACAACUUUUAUUUGUAUCAGUCGUACUGCAUUCCUGUACAUUGAUAACCCGGUGCAGUCUGACCAGCUUUUGUAACAUAGUGCAGGAAAUUCUAGAGCAUCCUAGGUGAUGCCUUGCCUUCAAUGACUAAGCCUCUCCUAAGGAUGAUUCCUAAAAUAUCAAAUGUGCUUAACUAAUCUCGGAAUGGGGAGGGUUGUGGAUGUGGAGUAUCAUUUUAACACAUAUUUGUAAAGUCGGGCUGUGACACUAAUUGUGCAUUCUAUUUUUUGAGAAGGAAGGAGUUAAUAAUAGUGACUGUCCCUUGUCGUAAGUUACUGUUCACUUGGCAUUUUUUAGACAAAAAUAAGGCAUUACGGGGAAAAGUUCAGUUGUAAAAAAUUAUUUCCAAGUUUGACUGUAGUCCCUGCCAAGGUACAUUACUGGGAAGAACACCCAGUGCUACAUUUGUCUGUUUCUGAAGCAUGCUGUAAACAUUGUCUUUUAACUGUAUUUUGAUGGUACAGAUUUGUUUCAGGGUUCAACUUUGCUGUAGAUUUUUUUAAUUGAACUUUUUUAAAUUGCUAUCUCACUGUCUUGUAUUUUGAACUUGUCAUUGCUAAAAUUGAGUAAACUGGAUUUUAAUCAC